ACGCAGCGAGAAGGUUUUAAGGGUAGGCGGCGCCGCGGCGGAGGGGGGCUCAGCUCGAGGAGGACGACGGAAACCUUCCCGGCGGCGCGCGAGUCUCGCGGGGGGAGGAGAGCGAUGUCGAAGCGGCAGGGUCCCCCGAAGCAUCAGAACCGCUACGCGUGGAAGCCCAACCUCGGGCAGAAGAUCAACGAGACCGAGCCCGGCGGCAGGUUCCGUCCUUUGUCGGAGAUCACCGGCGUCUGCCAGCGCUGCAAGGACCAAAUCGACUGGAAGAGAAGAUACGGGAAGUACAAGCCUAUCGUUGAGCCGGCAAAAUGUCAGAAGUGUGGGAAACGGAACGUCCGACAGGCGUAUCACAACGUCUGCACGGCUUGCUCCAAGGACCUUGGGAUUUGCGCGAAGUGCUGCACUUGUGUUAAAGCGCUUGUCGGAAGGGAUCUUAGUGAACAGGAGAGUGAGCGCAAGGAACUAGAGGAGGCCAUAAGAGGUGCUAGGGAGAGGGAGAGGCGCACACUUCUUCGCCUUAUGAACAAAGGUGGCGGGGAGAGCGGACCGUCGGUUCCAAAGAUUGCUGACAGAAGUCGUGAAGGGGACAUUUUCCCUGCUGCAUCCCUUGACGAAUAUGCUGAACAAGCUAGACAGCAAGAUGAUUCAGAUGAAGAAGAGGCCAGGGAUUUUGUAGAAGAUUAAUUUUAGAACUCAGAAACCUUUUCUUUUGCAAAAGGAUUUAUAUAGCCUUAUGUGGUGAUUUACAUUACAUGGUGGGUAAUCCCACCCACUGCGGAAAACAAGUGUAUUAGUUUUGGCAGAUAUAUUUCCGUCUAUCAGAUGUUUAUCAGUGUGUGCUCCCAUUCCGUCUGUGCUUGUUCAAACUGAAGAAUUGGAAAGUAGCAUAUAUUGCGGUUUUUCCGGUUUACA